UAGCGGCCGCUGUGCGGAGGCCGCGAAGCAGCUGCAGCCGCCACCGCGCAGAUCCACGCUGGCUCCGUGCGCCAUGGUCACCCACAGCAAGUUUCCCGCCGCCGGGAUGAGCCGCCCCCUGGACACCAGCCUGCGCCUCAAGACCUUCAGCUCCAAGAGCGAGUACCAGCUGGUGGUGAACGCCGUGCGCAAGCUGCAGGAGAGCGGCUUCUACUGGAGCGCCGUGACCGGCGGCGAGGCGAACCUGCUGCUCAGCGCCGAGCCCGCCGGCACCUUCCUCAUCCGGGACAGCUCGGACCAGCGCCACUUCUUCACGCUCAGCGUCAAGACCCAGUCGGGGACCAAGAACCUGCGCAUCCAGUGCGAAGAGGGCAGCUUCUCGCUGCAGAGCGACCCUCGCAGCUCGCAGCCCGUGCCCCGCUUCGACUGCGUCCUCAAGCUGGUCCACCACUACAUGCCGCCUUCGGGCACCUUCUCGCCACCGCCUGAACCUUCCUCCUCCUCGUCCUCCUCCUCCUCGCCCUCCGAGGUGCCCCAGGACCAGCCCCCUGCCCAGCCGCUUCCGAGGAGAGCCUAUUACAUCUACUCGGGGGGCGAGAAGAUCCCACUGGUGUUGAGCCGGCCCCUCUCCUCCAACGUGGCGACUCUUCAGCAUCUCUGUCGCAAGACUGUCAACGGUCACCUGGACUCCUACGAGAAGGUCACCCAGCUGCCUGGACCCAUUCGGGAGUUCCUGGACCAGUAUGAUGCUCCCCUUUAAGGAGGAAGGGCAGUGGGGUCAGAAGAGGGGGUCCCUCUCCUCUCCCCUGGCACUUGGCACAAGCACAAAAAAAAAUCCAGCUGUAACAGUCCCUUGCGUGGGGGGGGGGGAGCGCGAAGGCCCCUCCCUUCAGUCCUCCCCUCUGCAGGAUGAGGUCGCAGGACCUGGAAUGUGUUCGGGAGAGUGCCACCUGGCUCCCCUCCCCGGCUCCGGCCUCUCUCGGAAGAGCCAGCUGGCCAGUUGGGACAAUAGCCAUGACAAGGGUUAUCCUCCUCUCUCCACCCUCCACUCCCCCCGCUCAGCUUCCCACGGGGAACACCAGGGCAGGCAGUGUGGAACUAAUGAGAACUGCGGGGAAUCUUCAAACUUUCCAUCGAACGGAACUUGGGUUUGCGCUUUGAUUUGGUUUCAACCUGAGCUGGCUGGGGGGUGGGGGUGGGGGCCUGGGGGAGGAUGGAAGGGAGACUAUGUGAGGCUCCCUGGGGCGGUGGGCUGGCCAAGGAAACAGCCACUCCCACUGCCUCUGCCCGGGUGAGGAGGGUGGCAGCAAGCUCCACUCCCUGGGGUGGCCCGAAGGGAGCCAUCCUGGUACCUGGCGCAGUCAUGAAGCCCAGGUUCCAAAGUCCACUGGUGUCCCAUUGCCCUUCCCUGUUUUCAAGAGGAAGUGGCAUUUGGAGGGGGAGAUGGAUGGGACUGGUCAGUGGGUCUCAUUUUCCUGCCCAUGCUGUACCUUCCAGCACCUGGCAGUGAGUGGAAGGGAUGAGCCAUCUUUGACCCCAAUGGGGGAUUCUAUUUUGUGCCUCCCAACUUAAGUCUGGCUAGGAGAUUCGCCUUAAAUGCUCCCUGUCCCACGGAUCGCGACUGGCACAUGAGUCAAACACUCAGCCAAUCCAGGCGGUGAGGCCAAGGGAUUCACCAAGGGGCACCCAGCCAGCCACUGGCCAGGGGACAUGACAGGGUGGGGUGGAGGGUGAACCCCAGGCCUUCCAGUAGAGCACUGAGGGGGUUUGGUCAACGGGUCUCCUAGCCUGGGCAUGUCCCUCCCCCCCACCCCACUCAGGUGCAGGGGGCAGGCAGGCAGGCAGGCAGGCAGGAAGUCAUCUAGAAGCCUGCUGACUGCCUCUCCAGCUGUUCUCUGGCUCUGUAAUAGCACUGAUGAGCUGUAACUUACAGGAAUGUAGCAGAGAUGGAAUUACCUGGAACUGUUCUUUUUCUUUUUUUUUUUUUUUGGAAGGGGGAGAAGAAACACACACAGAUGUUUCUGUGUCAGGUAUCUGGGCUGGGUGGGCAGCUGUGUGUUGGGGUGGUUUUUCUCUCCUUUUUAGUUUCUUUUUCUUGUUUGUUUAAUAAUGUUUACAAUCUGCCUCAAUCACUCUGUCUUUUAUAAAGAUUCCACCUCCAGCCCUUCACCCUCUCCUCCUACUCAGGCCUUCCAGGCUGUUAGGCGAUGCUUGAAGAACUCAACCAAAUCCCAGUCCAAGUCAAACUUUGCACAUAUUUAUAUUUAUACUCAGAAAAGAAACAUUUCAGUAAUUUAUAAUAAAGAGCACUAUUUUUUAAUGAAAA